GCGGCGGGAAGCCGCCGGAAAUGACAAGUUCCACUGGCGCCAACGCUCUUGAGUCUCUUGCACUGAAAGGAAAAAAAAAGUCCAAACUGAACUCGUGCUACGCCUUUGUGCGGACUGGCACCGACCGACCGACCGACCGAAGCGUCAACCAAGGAAAAGAAAAGAGACGAGACACAGGACAGGCAGACUAGACGAGCUUUUCAGCCAAGGUGCCGCGCAAGUCCUUGAGGGUGCCGGCCGGUCCCGGGGUCAUGCUCGAACCAAGAAAGACCUGGGACCUCGACCGCGCCCCCUGUCUGCGGGAUCUCUGGAAUAACGACUUCUCAUUGGACGCGAGCUCUGUAGAUCUCCUGAUGAGCGACGGCGAGGAGGAAGCCUCCUUCCUUUCGCUGCCCAGCCCCGGCUUUUCUCAGCGCCCCCCGCCCGGUGCCGAGCUGAGCCAGUCCAACGCGGCGAGGCAGCAGCUGCUCAUCCAGACUCUGCAGGACAAAGUGUGCCGCCUUCAGGCUCGCCUGGACCAAGACGCCGCAGGAGUUCGGCCCGGGGACGAGCGAGCGGCGUCCUCGGGCGCCGUGGAGAUAGAGCAGCUCGGCAUGUGCUUGCACUCGCAGGUGGAGGAACUCCAGAAGAAGCUUGCGGGGCAAACGCAGGAAGUGGCCAGACUUGGCUCAGGACCGGGGGCCACAGACUUGGAGAAGCAUCUGCAGCUUUUGGAGCUGGAGAACCAAAGUCUGAAACGGCAGCUGACCUCCGGCGGGGCCUUGGGGGGCGCCUGCGGCUGCUCUCAGGAGGCGGUGGCUCUGCGCAGGGAGCUGGUUGGCGCCCGGCAGCGCGAGCGCCAGCUGGCCGACGUGGAGAGGCGGCUGCUAGACAAAAGCGCCCAGGUGGACGCGUUGCAGCGACAACUGGAGCGCAGCGCCCCCGCGCUGCCGGACCUCUCCGGUCCUCAUCCCGGACUUUGCCAGCGCGACCUCCGGGACCUUGCGCGCUGUGAAGAGGCGCCGCCGCUGGCCUCGCCGCUGGCCUCGCCGCUGGCCUCGCCGCUGGCAUCGCCGCUGGCCUCGCCGCUGGCCUCGCCGCUGGCCUCGCCGCUGGCCUCCCAGACUGCGGAGGAGGCGGAAUCUCGGCUGCGUGUACAAAACGCUUUGCUGCAAGAGCAAGUUUGCGUGCAGCGCCACCUGCUAAGGGAGCUGGAGACGCAACUGCAGCAGUCGCAGAGGACGUGCGCCCAGCUCAGGACGCAGGUGGCGGUGUACGACGGCGAGAUGGAGCGUGCGCACAAGCGGCUGGACGGCGAGCUGCUGCGGCUGAAGGAGGAGAAGGAGCGCGUCAUCCAGGAGGCCUUCGUCCGGGCCGAGAGCCAAAUGAAGGCCGUGCACGACAACCUGGCAGGUGUGCGCAGCAAGCUGGCGGGGCUCCAUCCCGCCUUGAAGACGCUCACCAGCGACUACAACACGCUGAAGAAGCAAGUGCAUCACUUCCCCGCCAUGCUGCGGAACGCCAUCGACGACGCUAAGCGCGAGAUCUGUCACCUGAUCGGCGAGGUGAGCGUGACCAACCAGAAGCUUGUGGACAAAUACAAACGUGAGAUGAACCUGAGGAAGAAGAUCCAUAACCAGCUGGUCCAGCUCAAAGGAAAUAUCCGGGUGUUGUGCCGCGUCCGUCCCGUCCGCCGCUGCGGGGAGGAGGGCGACGCGUUGACCUACGACCCGGACGAUGAUGGCGUACUGUACCUCGACGACAAGGGCAAGGUGACGACCUUUGAGCUGGACAAAGUCUUCGGGCCGCAGGCCACGCAGGCGGAGGUGUUUGAGGAGGUGGAGGCGCUGGUCACGUCCUGCGUGGACGGCUUCCACGUUUGCAUCUUCGCCUACGGACAGACGGGCUCGGGGAAGACCUACACCAUGGAGGGCGUGGCGUCGGACCCGGGCCUGAACCAGCGAGCGCUGCGCCUCCUUUUCUCUCGGGUGGCCGACAGAAGCCCCGAGUGGGAAUUCCACAUCUGCGUCAGCAUGCUGGAGAUUUACAAUGAGGCGCUGAGGGACCUCCUCAGCGACCGGCCGGCGGACAGACUGGACAUCAAGAUGAAUCCCGACGGCAGCGGGCAGCUUUACGUCCCCGGACUGACGCGUGUGGCCGUGCGCACCGUCGACGACGUCAACCAGGUUCUGGAGGCGGGGCGAGCCAGCCGGGCGACGGCGUGCACCGACCUCAACGAGCGCAGUUCUCGCUCUCAUGCUCUGCUCAUGGUCAGCGUGGCGGGACUCAACGGCACUACGGGGACUCGCACGCAAGGUAAGCUGAACCUGGUGGACCUGGCCGGCUCUGAGCGGGUGGGCCGAUCGGGCGCCGAGGGCGGGCGCCUGCGCGAGGCUCGCCACAUCAACAAGUCUCUGUCGGCGCUGGGCGACGUGAUGGACGCGCUGCGCCGCAAGCGCGCUCACGUCCCCUUCAGGAACUCGCGGCUCACCUUCCUGCUGCAGGACAGCUUGCGAGGGGACAGCAAGACGCUGAUGAUGGUGCAGGUGUCUCCGGCCACGGCCGAUGUGAGCGAGUCGCUGUGUUCGCUGAAGUUCGCUCAGCGCGUUCGCAGCGUGGAGCUCGGCGCCUGCGGGAGGCCAGACAGCCGCUCGGCUUCGUCCUCGCCGACGCACCAAAGCCUGGAGAGGGACUCGGCCCCGGGGCCCCUCCCCUUAUCCCGUAGCAGCAGCGCCGGCUCCUCCCUAAACUCGGCAGCGCCCGCCGGUUCUCGACGGAAAUCCAACGCGCAACUCUCCACGGGUACGUGCGCGCAGAGCGGCCGUUUGGAAAAGAGACAGAGAUUCGUCGUCAAUGCACUUUUCAAUCCACGCGCCUAACCCUCAUCAGCCCGUUUGCGCCGCCUCCAUCCUCGGGAGAAACCAAGCAAAUGAGGCGAUCAGCCGCUCGUCCGUUCCAACUCCGAUGUUGCUUUCAUAAACUUAUGCGCGUCACCCGACCUGUCACUUGUUCUUCGCAGGGCGACUGAAGAUGGCAGCGUGAGGAGCGCGCGGGCCCGUCGCCAUGGCGACGGUGACGCCGUUGCCCGUCAAUGCCCGACAAUGGUGUUCCGCUUUCUUGCACUUUCCACAAACUGUUAUCAGUGCUCGUCUUUCAACGGCUAUCGGACUUUGAGGUUUUCUUCCGAGUUGACGCCGCUCCUCUCGCUCCGGCCGGCCGAUCGAGCGAGCGAAUAUGCGAGGUGGACUUCUGCUAUCGACCAUAUUGGGUGCGUGACGUGACUGGAAGUGGUUGUUUGCGUUUUAUUUUUAUUAUUAUUUUUUUCAUUUUUAAUAAACAUACAAACUACAACAUU